CCCAGAAUCCUUCAGCCAAAGAUGGCAGCGCCCAGUGGAGGGAGCUGCACGUGUGUGUAUGUGCGGUGGGUUUUUACGUUGAGUGGGCUUAGACAGUGAGUUGCUGAAUAUACUACGUACCUCUAUCCAAAAGAAACGUACAGUAUUGUAUUUCCCUUUCGAAUUUAGAGUCAUGAAGAACAAAUCGUCUUCUCACAAAUCGGAGAACACACACAGGUUUCUCACCUUCUCCGAACGCUUAAACAAUGUAAAUAUUGAUAUUAUUCAUCGCAUUGACAGAACAGGGAGUUAUGCUGAGGAAGUUGAAACAUAUUUUCAUGAAGGACUUGAGAAAUGGAGAGAACUGAACCUUACUCGGCACUUUGUGACAUUCUACAGACAAGUAGUCAACAAAUGCCAAUCUUUCAACCAGCUAGUCUACUAUCAGAAUGAUAUUGUGCAGUGCUUGAAAACCCACCUACAAGUGAGAAACAGCCUUGCUUUCCAACCCCUUUUGGACUUGGUGGUACAGUUGGCUCGUGAUCUCCAGACUGAUUUUUAUCCUCAUUUUCAAGAAUUUUUUCUGGCCAUUACAAAACUGCUAGAUACGCAGGAUACAGAGCUGCUAGAAUGGGCUUUCACCUCUCUUUCUUACCUUUACAAAUACUUAUGGAGACUAAUGGUGAAAGACAUGUCCAAUAUUUACGGAUUGUACAGCACCUUGUUGGCCCACCAGAAGCAGCACAUCAGGAACUUUGCAGCAGAAAGCUUCACUUUCCUGAUGCGGAAGGUUCCUGACCAAAAUAUGCUUUUGAACUUAAUGUUCCUUGACCUGAAAGAACAUCCAGAAAAAGUGGAAGGCGUGGGACAGUUAAUUUUUGAAAUGUGCAAAGGUGUUAGAAAUAUGUUCCAUUCCUGUGCAGAAAAGGCUAUAGCAUUAAUUCUGAAAAAGAUGGGACCAGUUACGGAAACAGAAGUUAAUCUUCCCUGGAUCUCUGUUGGAGAAGUAUUCAAACAUAUGGCACAGUCAGCAGCUGGCUUCAUCUAUAGGGAGCAUUUUGAUGUGUUCUUCAAAUGCAUGCAGGAAUCGGUACUCAAACUGCAGGGAAAGAUAACUAAGGACAAUUGCUGUGAAGCCUCUGACCAGAUUGAAAGAGUAUUGCAAGUAUAUUUGACAAUAGCAGAAUAUGGGCAUGGUUCUAAAAUCACACAGCCUGAAGAAGUUUGUCAGAUAUUAACAAAAAUGAUAGAAACACCUUUUCUCUCACUGACCUGUUGCAGUACCCUGCUCAAAAUUAUUUCUGUUCUUCUUCUUGAUGAGAAUGUUUUCUUGCCUGAUUCUUUGAUUAAAGAAACUGUUGAGAAGGUUUUCAAAAGUGGGUUUGAAAGGUGUCCUGUUUUGGAUUUUUCUAAAACCAUGUUUCCAAUGAAACAAUUCGAAAAGCAAUUUCUUCCCAAUUUCCUUGAGUAUAUAGAGUACUGCAUCUGUGGAGAUGAUGCUCAGGCUCAGGAGGAGGCCUUAACAGUUUUGGCUAAACUCAUCCUAGAAAAAGCAGAACCUCCCUCUGUUGGCUCCAUGGCAUUUGAGAAGUAUCCCCUUGUUUUUACGGAUUCAGCAAAAGGAGGUAGAAGACAGUUGAGAAAUAAGAAGACAGAAGGAAAAGAAGAAAAAACAGUGCUGGAUUACAUUCUGUCUUGUAUUCAGUUAUCAGAAAACAAAAGCCCGGCUGACCUUUCUAAGUCUUGGGCAGCUCUUGUAGUUCUUCCUCAUUUAAGACCUCUGGUGAAAGAAAAAGUCAUACCAGCAGUUGUGCUUUUUGUGGAAUGUCUCUUUGUUGCUUUUGACAAAGGAGAAAUCUGCAAAGGAAGCCUGUUUGUGGCCUGCCAAGCUGUAAGCACACUGCUUAGUUUAGCAGAAUCCUUGGAAAUUCUAGAUCUCUUGCCAGUGGAUCGUAUAAAGUCUUUGUUAAUGACUUUUCCUUCCGAACCAUCUGUCUUGCUAUUGGCUGAUCUCUAUUGUACAAGAUUAGCACUGUGUGGUUAUCGUGAGCAUCUAUCCAAAGAGUUCCUCAUGGAAGUGUAUUCUAAACUGCAAACCAAUAUUUCAACUGGUGUAUCCAGCGUACGGCUGUUAACAAUAAGGAUUUUAAAUCAUUUUGAUGACCUGUUUCCUAAAGGAACAGAGGAUAUGGACACUGGAGGAGUGCAAUCUGUAUUUACCGUAUUACUUCAAGCUGAACUUGUGCCAGCAAGCAUCAAUGAUUAUCGUGAGAAACUUCUCCACUUAAGGAAGCUGAGGCAUGAUAUAGUGCAGCCCUUGAUCCCGGAAGGACCUUUACGAGAGGUGCCUCUUCGGUAUUUACUGGGAAUGUUUUAUAUCAACUUUAGCCCACUGUGGGUUCCCGUGACUGAACUCAUAACUUCCCAUGCAAAUGAAAUGGAGAAUAAGCAAUUCUGGAAAGUCUACUAUAAACACUUGGAAAAAGCUGUGUCUUAUGCUGAAAAGGAGCUACACAAUGAAUUGGAAGAAGAGCAGGAAGGCAUUAUGGAUGUUGAACGAGAAGAAGUCCAUGAAGAAAAUGUCAGAACUUUGUAUCUUGAACAGCUGAAACGGCAGACAUGCUGCAGUGAGAGGAUAGAUCAUGCAAAUUUUAGGCUUCUCCUUUGGAAGGCAAUGUCAACAUUUCCAGAUAGAGUAGAACCCAGAUCAAGAGAGCUUUCACCACUUCUCCUCGGGUUUAUUAACAAUGAAUAUUAUCCUGCAGAUUUGCUAGUGGCUCCAGUGGAAGAUCUUAGAAAGAAGGGUGUCCAUGUUGAUCUAAAAGCAGAUACCCCAGAGGAAGUAAAUAAUCCUAUCAUCAAAGAAGGUGGUCAAGAUGAUGAAGAAGGAGAGGAACAGAAUUCUGAUGAGCCGGUGACUGAAGAAAUUCCAGUAAAAAAGACUAGAAGAGCUGCAGCAAAACAGCUCAUUGCACAUUUGCAAGUAUUUGCCCAGUUUUCAAAUCCACGUGCCUUGUAUUUGGAACCGAAAUUAAAUGAAAUAUACACUCAGCUGCUGGCACAUCAAGAUCAAAAUGUGCAAAAAGUUGCUCUUGAUUGUAUCAUGAGUUACAAGCAUCCACACCUGCUGCCGUACAGAGAGAACUUGCAAAGGCUCCUGGAUGACAAGAGCUUUAAAGAAGAAAUAGUUCAUUUUAGUAUUUCUGAAGAAAACACUAUAGUAAAAGCACUGCAUCGACCUGAACUUGUUCCUAUUUUAAUGAGGAUCUUGUAUGGGCGGAUGAGAAACAAAACAGGAAGCAAAACACAAGGAAAGUCAGCCACAGGAACCCGUAUGGCUAUUGUUCUGAGAUUCCUUGCAGGUUCACUUCCUGAAGAAAUCAAAAUGUUCCUGGAUCUGCUUUUUGAGCCUGUGAAGCACUUCAGUAAUGGACAUUGCCACUCUGCAGUGCUCCAAGCUGUGGAAGAACUGGACUUAUCACGAGUCCUGCCUCUAGGUCGCCAGCACAGUCUUUUCAACAGCCUGGAAAUUGUACUAAAAAGCAUGGGGCAUCUGAUCAGCAAGUUCCUGCCUGAGAUUUUGCAGAUUUUACUGUGCAUGACAGCAACUGUAUCCCAUAUUCUUCAGCAAAGAGAAAAGAUUCAACUCAGAUUGAUUAACCCUCUGAAAAACCUGAGGAAACUUGGACUUAAACUUGUAGCAGACUUUUUCUCCGACUUUGAAAAUUAUAACUUUAGUGUGGAAGAGAUUGAUGCAGUUUUUCAUGCAGUGGUGUGGCCCCAGAUCACCAGGCUGGGCUCUGAGAGUCAGUAUUCUCCUACUCCUUUGCUCAAAAUCAUUCAUAUCUGGAGCAGAAGCCCCAGGUAUUUCCCUUUGCUAGCCAAGCAGAAGCCAGGGCACCCAGAAUGUGACAUAUUAUCCAAUUUGUUUGCUCUUCUUUCGGCCAAAAGCCUGUGUGAAGUAACAGCUGGUAUUGUGAUGGACGUGGCCGACAGUCUCCUCAACAACCCUGACUUUGAGCCCAGUGACCAACUUAGCAGCUUGGCAGUAACUGACUGUGUCUUUGUAGAUGUCGAUGAUACCAUGGGAGAUGUUCCCAGCAUGGGAGUAAGACUGAUUCUAUCUCAUAUUCCCUCACUCCUUCAAUAUCUCAGCAAAACUACGUUUACUGUGGACAAGGUGAAAAAGAAGAAGUACAGGGGACAAGUUAGCAAAGAACUCAACAUUCUUUCAAAAAUCAGCAAAUUUAUAAAGGAUAAGAGCCAGAGUUCCAUCUUGAUUGGUCUCCUCCUUCCUUUCCUUCAUCAGAGUAACAUUGUGCAGGAUACAGAAAUAGACAUACUGGAAACAGUGCAAAAUUUGCUGAAGCAUUGCCUGAACCCAGAAAGCUUCCUCAAGCCUCUUGCAAAACUGUUUUCUGUUGUUCAGAACAAAUUGUCUCGUCAAACACUCUGCAUGGUUUUUGAGACUUUGUCACAUUUGGAAAGUAAUCUCAAGUACAUUACAGAUACUGUUAAGUUGAAUGCAUUUGACGCCCGACAUCUUGAUGAUAUCAAUUUUGAUGUCCGUUUAUCAGCGUUCCAAGACAUCACUUCUCAUAUCAAGGCAAUGAAAACAGUGGAUGUCAACUACCUCAUUCCAGUUAUGCAUAACUGUUUCUACAGCAUACGGUUAGGGGAGAUGUCUUUGAGUGACAGUGCUGUUCUCUGCCUCAAUGCUGUUAUUAGUCUUCUUGCUGAGAUCGAUCACACAGAAGAGGAAUACAAAGAAAUAAUCCAACAUACUCUUCUGGAAGCUGUGAGAAAAGGCCUGAAGAGCAAGGUGGAGAGCAUUCAGCAGGAUUACACAUCAUUACUCUCCUACUUGAUUCAAGCGUUUCCGAAACACCCAGAGUUUCAGGACUUGGUCCAGCUGACUGACUAUCAUGACCCAGAGAUGGAUUUUUUUGAAAAUAUGAAGCAUAUUCAGAUCCACAGAAGGGCACGAGCAUUGAAAAAACUGGCUAAACAACUUGUUGAAGGCAAAGUUUCAUUGUCUUCCAGAUCUCUUCAAAAUUACAUUAUGCCUUAUGCUACUACCACUAUUUUUGGUGAGAAGAUGCUUAAGCAUGAAAACAUGGUGACUGCGUCAGUGGAGAUGGUGGGAGCUGUUUGCAGACAUCUUUCUUGGUCAGCCUACCUCUAUCACUUGAAACAUUUUAUACAUGUCUUGCAGACUGGACAGAUCAAUCAGAAGCUGGGUGUCAGUGUGCUGGUUACUGUGCUAGAAGCUUUUCAUUUUGAUCACGACACUCUUGACAAGCAGCUUGAAGUGAUUCAAAAGGAAGGUGAUGGAGAAGUGAUGGAUGUUGAGCCUACAGUGCAGAAUCCUGAGAUGGAAAUGGAACUUGGUGAUGGAGAAGAAGGCCAAGAGGGCAGCAGAGCCCUCUUGGAGGAUGCAAAUGAACAGAAAGAGCCAGUGGUGUCUUUGCCUGAUCAGCCUGAUCAUGAAGGAGCUGAAGAUUCUCCAAAAGCUACAAAAGCAAUUUCCUUCCUGCCCAGGAAUAAGGAAGAGUUGGAAAGUCUGAUCAAACAUAUUCAAGAAACAGUAACUGGCAACAUCUUGCCAAAAUUGCACAGAUGUCUCAUCGCAAAGGUCAAAAGAGAUGAAGAACACAAGCUUGUAAAAUCCAAGGUUGUGAAUGAAGACGAGGUAGUUCGGGUACCUCUUGCUUUUGCAAUGGUCAAGCUGAUGCAAUCUCUUCCACUAGAUGUCAUGGAGGAGAAUUUACCAAGCAUCUUCCUGAAAGUCUGCUCUCUUCUGAGGAAUAGAGCUCAAGAAAUCCGGGACAUUGCCCGUAAUACCCUCAUGAAAAUAAUGGAGACUCUGGGCCCUCACUACCUGCAGUAUGUCUUAAAAGAGAUGCAGUCGAUUCUUGUUCAUGGUUAUCAGGUCCAUGUCCUCACUUUCACUGUCCACCUCUUGCUGAAGAGCCUUGCCAGCAAUCACCUGAAGGCUGGUGAUUUGGAUCCUUGUGUAGGGCUGAUGACCGAAAUUUUCAACCAUGAGCUCUUUGGAGAGGUCGCUGAGGAGAAGGAAGUAAAAGGCAUAAUAUCUAAAGUCAUGGAAGCUCGCAGAAGCAAGAGUUAUGAUUCCUAUGAAAUCCUUGCCACUUAUGUGGGAAAAGACCAAGUGACUAAGCUUAUUCUUCCACUAAAAGAGAUUUUAGAGACUACUACAAGCUUGAAGAUAGCGCGGAAGGUACAUGAAACUUUACGCCGCAUUGUGUCUGGAUUGAUUAUGAACACAUCAAUGACUGCAGAAUCCAUUCUUUUGCUCAGCCAUGGCUUGAUUAGUGAAAAUCUCCCCCUUUUAACAGAAAAAGCAAGAAGUAAAGCUCCAGCUCCUCCAGAUCCUCGUUUGCAGCCAGAAAGCUGCCUCUUACUUCCACCAACCCCAGUCCGAGGAGGGCAAAAAGCUCCUGUGAGCAGCAAAACUAACAUGCACAUCUUGGUUGAGUCAGGGCUACGGCUCCUGCACAUGAGCCUGAAAAGAUCCAAAAUAAAUUCUUCAGAGGAGCACACUUUGGAAAUGUUGGAUCCAUUUGUACAGCUCCUUAUCAACUGCCUCCAGUCCACAGAUAUCAAGGUGAUCACCGGUGCUCUUCAGUCCCUUCUCUGGGUUUUGAAGUUCCCACUGCCUGCAGUGGAUAAGAAUAUAGAACCGCUAACCAAGCAGCUUUUCGUUCUGCUGAAAGAUUUUGCCAAGCCAGGAGCAGCUAAAGGCCAGAACUUCCACUUGGUUGUAAAUUGUUUCAAAUGUGUAACUCUGCUUGUGAGGAAUGCAAAGAGCCGUAUAACAGAUAAACAAUUGCAAGUGUUGCUGGGAUAUGCUGAAGAAGAUAUCUAUGACUCAUUAAGACAAGCCACUGCCUUUGGCCUCUUAAAGGCUAUUUUAUCCAGAAAACUGAUAGUUCCAGAAAUGGAUGGUGUAAUGCAGAAGGUUGCAAACUUUGCCAUUACAGGCCAAAGUGAACAAGUUCGAAUCCAGUGCAGACAGAUUUAUCUGAAAUACAUUCUUGAUUAUCCACUUGGUAAAAAAUUGAAAGCCAACCUUGAGUACAUCUUUGCCCAGCUCAAUUACGAAUAUGAAACUGGAAGAGAGUCUGCUUUGGAAAUGAUAGCUUACCUUUUUGAAAUGUUCCCUCAGGGUUUACUGCAUGACUUUUGCGGACUGUUCUUCGUCCCUCUGUGUAUGAUGGUAGUCAAUGAUGACUCAGCAAAGUGCAAGAAGAUGGCGGCCCUGGCGAUCAAAAGUCUCCUCUGUAAAAUUAACGCUGAAAACCGAGAUCUGAUGUUUUUGCUGAUUACUUCAUGGCUGAAGAGUGAAAAGAGUGCGCACAAGAGGUUAGUCGCUCAUGCCUGUGGUGUAUUUGUGGAAGCCGAGGGAAUCGAAUUUGAAAAAAGACUUGGAACUAUUCUCCCAGUUAUUGAGAGAGAAAUACACCCUGCAAAUUUCGAAGAUGUUACAGAAGAGACUGAAGAAAAGGCUGCAGACAGAUUGCUAUUCAGUUUCCUUACCUUGAUUAUUAAACUAAUCAAGGAGUGCAACAUUAUUGAAUUAAAUAAGCACAAUGAAAUUCUGAGCAGCAUUUGGGGUCAUGUUGAGUCCCAUUUAUGGUAUCCUCACAGCUGGGUGUGGCUGACAUCUGCUCAAAUCUUUGGCUUAUUGUUUGCUUCUCACAAGCCAGAAGAACUUGUUGAUAAGUGGAAUAAAAGAAAAAUGGGAAAGACCCAAGAAAAAACAACAGAAUCAUCCGCAACUGUUUUCUUAACAGAAAAAUUAGAGAAAAGGAUGAGAACACUUGUUUUAGCUUUCUGCCAUCAGCUGAAGUCCAAAUUUCUGGAUCCAUCCCUUGGAGAACAGGUUGUAAAGAAUUUACUGUUUGUAGCAAAGGUACUGUAUCUUCUGGCUCCUGCUUCAGAAGAUAGCAAAGAGGCAAGUCAGGAAAUGGACCAAGAAACUCAGGAUCCAGAGGACUCUGGUGACGAAGAUGAGCAUGAGACCUCUGCUACAGAGAUGAAGGAAGCCAAAGAAAAAAGGAGCCCAGCAACUCUAUUUUGGGUGAUGAAGAAACUCUUCAUAAUAGCAUCACGAGAAGCUGCAUAUUCACCCAAAGACCCUCUAAAGAGAACCUGCAUCUUCAAAUUCCUUGGUGCUAUUGCAGUAGAUCUUGGGAAAGACAGAGUAAAACCAUACCUUCCAACUAUCAUAGGCCCUCUGUAUAGGGAACUCAGCAGCACCUAUGCAGAGCAAGAUCCAACACUGAAGAAUCUUUCCCAGGAAAUCAUAGAGCUACUGAAGAAAUUGGUUGGGCUAGAAACCUUCUCACUUGCUUUUGCUUCUGUGCAAAAACAAGCCAGUCAGAAGAGAGCAAUCAGAAAGAAACAGAGAGCUUUGCAGGCUGUUGCUAAUCCUGAUAUUGCUGCUAAGAAGAAGCUAAAAAGACACAAGAAUAAAAUUGAAGCAAAAAAGAGAAAAAUAGAAUUUCUGCGGCCUGGUUACAAAGCCAAAAAACCAAGAAGCCAUAGUUUAAAAGACUUGGCAAUGGUGGAGUGAAUUACUGUCAUAUCUUUGUCAUGAAUAUGUACUCCAUUUAUUACUGGCACUGUGCAUCAAACUGUAGGUGG